AUGUGGAAAACCUCGGCCCCCAUUUGUCAGCGACUCGUCGUCAUUACACAGAUUAUUUCCUGUGUUUCUUCAAAUGUUGCGGACAGAGACAAUCACCAACACUACAGUUGUUCUCUGCAAUGCUUCAAAACACACAAGGCUGUGUGCAGCAACGUGGACCCAGAGAAGAGCGCUCAGCCUCCCCUAGUUACUGAGAUAUUCCCCAGCACGGAAGAGGCUAGAAGUCUUCCAUUCACCGACCUGCUCGUGCGCGAUCCAAGGCUACCGAAGCUGUUUGAACAAUAUCCAAGUCUGCGGGCCAAGCUCCAGUUGAUAUUUCAGACGGCGGUCUCGGCUGAACAGGAGGAAGCCUAUCAGACGCGCACGCCAGGGGCGCACAAGACUCACAGAUCCCUCGAGCAACGAAUUGCCCAAGCUAUGCGAAUGCUAGAAUACAACUUGAGCUCGGAGUCAGCCGACGCCAGUGGAAUGACGGCAUUUGCGGCUCUCGUCGCCGAUCUGGGUUUCAACGAGCAACGUCAAACCCGCAUCUCGUAA